AUGAAGCUCUUCUUCAUCACCACGCUCAACGGGUCAUCGAUCUACACCCCGCCCUUGGUGCCACCGAGUCUGCAUGAGAGCCACGUCAAGACCCUCCGCUGGCGGCACCUCCGAAGCACAGCCCUGCGGACGAUCUCCUCCCUGCAGAAGGUCCGCGUGGAGCCUUCGGCCCAGGGGCUCCGCUGGCCGGUGGAAUUCACCAAUUACCUGUGCUCGCCUCUGAGCGGGACACAACAGUUUUCCUUCGCCACAUUCAAUCAGCGCAUCACCUCCUUCAAAUUGACAUGUGGCUCGACCAUGUGUGUGCUUUUCUACGAGGUGGGCCGGGACUGUACGCUCCCCCUGUCGAAGGCCGCACGCACGCCGCCCAGCCAGCCGGAUGAUGACAACCCGGGCGACAUGCCCUACCAAUUCCCCUCGCUGGUGGCGUACGCCAUCACCGACUCCAGCGAGCCGCUGGACACCCUGCGCUUCCAGCUACGCAUCCUGUGCGAUGCGCUGGUCAUGCGCUUCGGUCCGCUCGAAACGUUCAUUCCCGAGAACUACAUCAUCAACGUGCACUUCCAACAGUAUCUCAACCCGCUGGUUGAUGCCCUUCUGUCGCUCUCGUCCAGCUACGAUGUAGGCCUCCUGCUGGGGUCGGUCAACCGUCUGAAGCUGAGUGAUCCCAUCGACCAGCAGUGCCAUCAGGCGUUGGAGGCCGCGGCGCAGGCGGCGUCCAAGCCGUCGGAUGCCUUUGCCGGGCUGGUCCGGCCGCCGCGGGUCAUGCACCUGCUGCUGUUCAUCGGCAACAAGCUGGCCGGGCACUAUGCGGCACCAGGGGCGCCGACGCUCGGCGGGGCGCCCGGGUCAUCUGGCACCGGGUCCGGCACCGGAGGCCCGGGCUCCGGGGCCGGUGGGUCUGGAGCCGGCAACAACCCCGCCCUCAACAGCCGUCUGUCCAAGUCCGAGCGGGCCAAGCUGCUGCAGCUUCUGCAGCACGAGGCCGAGACGCCGGCCUUCCACCUGUCGCCAUCGGACCUGCUGCAACUGACGCUGCGUUUGCAGGCCCGCCGUGCGGCCGCCCGCGCCGAGUGGCGGACCCGCAAGUCCGAGUGGCGGUCCAGCCUGCAAGCCUUCGAGGCGGAGCUGCGUGCCUUGGCCGCGGCCGAACCGCCGGCCAGCGUGGCCGAGGACCUCUCUCAGUCGAGUUCGCCCGUGCAGCCGGAUGCCGUGUCGCCGGGAGCCGAGGCCGAGGCCGAGGCCGAGGCUGGGGAGUCCUCGGCGCGGGUCGCUCCCGAGGAUGAUGCGUCGACACCCGGUGGUGAUGGUGACCUGGAUGAUGCGCCGGCGGGGGAUGGCGACUUGGCGCCUCUUCCGGUGGACCCGGUUCCCCCGGCGGAGCCGGUUCAUCCCUACACGGAGCUGAUCGAGUGCACGACGCCGGCCGCCCGGGCCGAGCUGGUCCAGCAGUACUGGAGCCCGGAUGUGUCGGAGAGCCUUUUCCUGCGGACGUCGGCCCCCUUCGGGGAGAUUGCGCCCGGCGGUGCCCCCGGCGGCCGGCGGCCCUUCCGUGUGCAUAGCGGUCUGCUGCGGUCUUCGCAGUAUCAGGUCCAGGGGCCCGAUGGGCCGGCCAUCACAUACAUCGCCGUGACCGAGGUGCCCAUCCGGAGCCGGUCUUCGCAGCACAGCCUCGCCCCGGCGGCCCCGCUCUCGGCCGAGGAGCUGGACAAGGUGGACGCCGUGGUCACCCGGCGCGUGCAUAACAGCCUCCUGGAGUCGCUGGCCCCGAUCUUGGAUAUCCUUUUUGUCCUGAGCCUGGCACACAUGCGCGUCAAGUCCUUCGUGGCCCUGUGCCCGGGGCUGGUGCACUUUGCCCUGGUUGAUCGGAGCAGCGGGUGGAUGGUGGUCCCGCGGGUGGAGCAGCUGACCUCCUACGACGGGGGCCCGGGCGAGGGGUCGAGCAACCACUCGGCCGCGGUGCCCUCCUCCGGGGGGGACGGCGAUGCCGGUGCCGGUGCCGACGGCCGGCCGGCCAGCCCGCCGGACGGGGACGACUACUUCGACCUGGACUCGCCGCAAUUCGGCGAUGGGGCGGCUGUCCGCUCGACGCUGGACCUGCUGCGGCAGCAUUGCGACCGGCGGCGCAUCUCCCGGCGUCUGGCGGACUCGAUCUACCACGCGCGCGCGCGCAUCGCCGAGGGCUAUACAUCGGGCAUCGCGCGCGUCGGGCCGUACCAGUACUUUCACAAUGUGUGGUUCGAGGCGCCGCAGCCCAACGGCACGUCGGAGAUCCUGCCCAUCGAGCAGGCCCUCCCCCAGCCUAGCCGUCUGAAUGACCACUUUGAUUACUUCCGCUCCUUCGUGCCGCCGAUCAUCUUCCCGGAGCUACAUUCGGCGGCGGCGACGACGCCGGUGUCAGCCGAGUCCUCCUCCUCCAGUGGGUCCUUGUCGGAUUCCCUGUCCAACCUGUCCUUGAGCAAGCCGCGGUCGCUCUUCUCCUUCGCCUCCUCGGCGCCAGCCAGCCAGCGCGCCGACAACGGGCUCCCCCUGAUCCAGGGCCGGACCGGGUGUGUGACGCCGGUCAAGUGCUUGGAGAUCUACACCGUCUUUGUGGGGACCCUGCCAGAGCAUGAGGUCAUCUCGCAGACGCGUCGACUGGUCAAGCGCCUGCGCGAAACGGAGAGUGACAAGAUCUUCAUCUGACCACGAUGCGCGGCCACUGGGCGCCUCCCCACUUUGUCCUCUUUCGCACAGUGCCCCAUUCUCCUGGAUGGCGAGGGGGCAGGGGGAGGUCGAAAGAAUACACGCGUAUUGCCAAGCGCAGUGGGCAGCCACUCCUUGUUUUGUUCACACACAUCGCGCGUGGAGAG